UGCACAACAUCAAUAUAUUAACUUGAAAUGCAUUUAAAAUAGUUUAAUGGAGCAGCAUCCUUAUUCAUUUUGAAGCAAUAAAUUGAAGCUGGAUUAAAUUAGUAAAUAAAAUAUGAAUUACAGAGUAAAAAGCACACAAUAAUGAUUACAGAAGAAGACACCUUACUAGAUUGUGAUGACGACGAAGAACAGACGCCAGAUAUCAACACGACAAAUGAUGUUUGUCAAAGAAUAUAUUUGAAAGCUUGUAUUCUGUUCAAAGUUACACCAUCAACAUUCUUGUAUAGACACUUGACUACAGUAAAGGUACCACUACAAAACCAUGCUAUCGGUGAUAUCGGUGCCAAAGCAAUGGCUACAGCACUUGUGGUGAACAAAGUGGUUCAAGUUGUAGACCUUUCCUCAAUUGGGAUUUCGAUUGACGGCCUUGAAUAUAUUCUAGAAAUGCUGGAAGAGAAUGUUUCAAUAACGGACAUUAAUCUAUCCAACAAUUUCUUUAAUUCCAAAGGAGCGAAACUGAUAUCCAGCGUGUUCAUUAAUAAUCAAACAAUUAAAAAGUUAAAUAUCUCAGGCAAUGGGUUUAAGGACGAAGAUUCUCGUUUUCUAGCUGAAAUAAUCGAAGAAAACAACACAAUACAAGAGCUUAUCAUCAGUCGAAAUUCAUUUGGAGAAUCGGCCGGAGAAAACUUUGGGAAAGCUCUUGAGCACAAUAGGACUUUGAUACAUUUCGAUAUCAGCUGGAACCAUCUCCGACAGCAGGGGGCAAUCGAACUUUGUCAUGGUUUGCAGAAUAACAAUACACUUGAGGUGUUAAGAUUGAGCUGGAACGGUUUCGGAUUAGAAGGAUGUCACGAGAUGGGAAAAACAUUAAAAGUCAACAGAACACUUACAGAACUCGACCUGUCGUCAAACAGAGUAAAUUUUGAUGCAUUUAAACUGCUAUUACGUGGUCUGGUAAAAAACAAGAUUCUGAAAACUCUAAAGAUAGGAUUCAAUCCUAUAACAACGGACGGUGCAAUGUCCAUAUUGCGAGCAGUAUUAGAUGAUAGAUGUAAGAGUCUGACCACUCUUGACAUGUCGGACGUGUCAGUUGACAACGACUUUGUUACACUUUUAAAAAAAGUUCAACACAUUCGACCACUGUAUGUAACGCAUGGUAACCUGUUACGUCACGAUGAUCUGAGGAAGGGAGACAAUCCAGUGGUUUUGGAUACAGAUGAUCCAGUUACUAUAUUGUUUGAAUGUGUGAAGACAAAGAACCUAAGAUUGAUUGAUCUGAUGAAGAACUUGGAUAAAGACAACAGUGACACGUUAUCACGGGAGGAAUUAAACAGAGGAUUGUCGGAAAUUGACGUUCCACUGAGCAGACGAUCUCUUGACAUACUGAUGGAAAAGCUAGAUAUAAACAAAGACGGACAAGUGGAUUUCAUGGAACUGAUGACAAAAUACAAGGAGCACGUGAGGCGUGUGACCAAACUUCAGCGGGAAGCAGACGUUGACCUCAAACAUUAUAAACAUUUUGAUAAACUGGAACAGCUUAGAGAAAUGGUCCGAUUACGUCUUAGUCUAACACCAAAUACAGGCCAUUGAAUAAUAAAAUAUUAAUAUUAAUGCAAGAAAAUCAAAAUUUCCCCAAAUCUGCGCCUUCCUAACUCGAGUUUCCAAAGAAAAAUUGACCACUAAAUAGUUACAUGUAUAACUUUAAAAUUUUUUCAUUGUUUUAAAGGCAUCGGUCCAAAUGAAUUCUGUUGUAAAAAGGAAACUGCAUUGUUUUCAAAAAUAUUUCGUUGUUAAAGAAUGUUUGACACUAAAUAGUAAAAUAUGUUAAGUAAAAAUAAUUUGUUUAUUUUAAAAGCAUCAUAUUAAGGUUACAAUAACACUGGCCACCGUUCAGAUACAAAGGCUGAUAAAUUUAGUGCAUUCAAACAUAGAAAAAUAUUGAAAAAUGAUAACUUAAAAAUGAUUACAGUAUUUAUUUAUAAAGUGCGCUUUCCCUGUAAGCCUGCUUCUAUUGUUAUAUUUCUAAACUUUUGUAUAUAUCUCUGUGUAUAGUUUUUUGCAUUAAAUGCUUUAUUCAAUAUAUUGUGUGAAAU